GGCGCUGCUCUGGCCAGGUCGUCGGGGAGUGACUCGUAUCCAGCCCCGCUCCUCUCAUCCGUUACUCUCCCGCAAAAGGGGCGCCGAAUGAGAUAAAUAGCGGGGUCAGCCGGUCAUGUCGGUCAGCUCGCAUAGCUAGAGACAUUCAAGAUUCCAUACAACACAGUGCGACUACGAUGGCGUUCAAUCCCGAGUGCAAGGGUGUUCCGACCAGCAAAAUCGACCAUGUGAGCAUCACGGCUCCAAAGGACCAGUUCGAACCCGUGGUGGAAUGGUACAAGAAGGCGCUCGCGCCGCUCAACUAUAAAGAGAUAAUGCGGUUUCCUGGGGCCGUUGGCCUGGGGGACCAAGUGCCUGAUUUUUGGAUUUCACAGACCGACUCCGAGACCCCACAAAAUCUUCACUUUGCUUUCACCUCGCCAGAUCAUAAAACGGUCGAUGCCUUUUAUGAGGCGGCAAUUGCGGCUGGCGGUAAAUGUAAUGGGAAGCCUGGACUGAGGCCCCAAUAUCAUCCCAAUUACUAUGGCGCGUUUGUCUUCGAUCCCAGAGGAAACAACGUCGAGUUGGUUUGCCAUCUACCCUCCGAGGAGUAGGAGGAAUGUUCGUCGGGAUGUUUUCUGGGCAGAGAGCAGCAUAUCGGGGUGUCCAAAAUGUUAAAUUUCUUUUGCAGAUCCCGGUUCCUCUACCAGAGAGCGACCUGUCAUACUCGCGCGAGUACCCCAGAUAUGGCCGAGGUGGCGUGGAGGCGGGGUAACCACUGUGGUCAAAGUGGACCAUGAAGCGGACCUCAACAGGGA